AUGACGGCGUCAUUGCCGUUGACGCUGCUGCUGACGUCACUCCUGGCGACGUCGGCGGCUGAAGUCUCGACGUCUUCUGUCGCGACGACUUCUGAGUCGCCGCAUCUGACCACGGACGACGAAGGAUUCCUUACCGUCAUCCAGGGGUUCGCCACGCAACUUCAGUGCGUCCUCAACACCUGUUCGUCAGAGGUUGUCUUUCGAUUCUUUUUUUCAUCAUUUUCGAAGAAAAAUCUUUUUCGAGUAAUAUGAAGUUUUUCUCUUUCGAGGUCAACGAAUAAUCAAGCAAAAUUCUUUUUAUUUUUGCACAAAAUUCGAAAACAAGUCUAAUUUUUUGUGCGAGAUUUUGAGUUUUAACUCGAAAAAAUAUGUCUUGUUUACGAUUCGUUGCUUUGAUUAAUCAUAGGUUCUUUUUUUUCCUUUUAAUUAGUUGAGAAGAAACUCGCGUUGUUUGUCGAGGUUUUUACACUUAUCGAGUUUCCUUUUUGAAAACAUGUUUUCAGGUUGUCUGGUUCAAAGAUGACGUCCAAAUAUUCAACGGGACAAAGUUUCUCAAUUCUUCAAACAACGAAGAGAAAUCUUACAAAUUGCAACAUUCCAUUGAUGUCGACUAUGAAAAAGGUGAACCUUAUCCGAUUAUUUUCGAAAAAGUUGAGUUGAAGACUGAAAUUCUUUUUGAAAAGAUUGUCAAUAUUCCAAGAGUUGUGAAGAAGUUAUUUUAUAGGCUGCGCCGGAGAAUGCGACGACUCGAAGCCUUGUGCCGCGGGCUUCUCCUGCGUCGAUAACCAGGUUUCCCAGUACCUUCGCCGUAUUCUGAGACUAUUUCUUGCAGUGUUGCUCGUGUAGACGAGAAGAAUACACUCUCGUGCUCCGGAAUCUCACAUUCGAAGACUCUGGCCGGUACCGUUGUCAACUCGGCAACAAGUCUGAACUCCUGGAGUUCCAAGUAGAAGUCCUUGGUUUGUGGUUUUUUCAUUGAGCUAUGAUAAAAAGAGAGAUGAGUUAAUUCUAAAUGUUUAGAAUCGGGACUGAAAGGCGGCUUCCACCAGAACAUCUCCUACGAUCACUCGGAGUGCUGCCAGGACAAGGGGAUCUCUCCGUUGUGCCGCGGCAUGUGCAAGCCUUCCGAGAUGGAGAACUACCACUUCGACCCGACCAGGUACGGCAGCUCUCUCCGACUCGCAGGACCCUUGGUUUAAGCUGCAAGACCGACGAUUACAAACAUUUCUUGUCCUGCGCGACAGAAGGCGGCACCAGGAGCCACGUCCAUUGCUGCAAGACUCAGCUCGUGCCCAGCUUCUGCUACGACUUUUGCUCUGGCGACUUUCAGGUCAGUUUUGAAAGAUUCUUUGAGGCUUGUCAGUAUUUUCUUUGAAAUUGGAUAUCUAGUGAUAAAUGAGUUAUCGUGAGAACGGAAAAGAAAAGAAAAUGAAAAAUGAGCAGUGGAGAGAAGGAAGAUAUAUAUACAGCACUCCAAAAAUAAUGAACGGCUUUGAAGAUUACCUCACCAGAAUUUUCCUCAUUGCGCAAAUUAAUGAGAAGAAAAAAAUGAAGAUUAUGAAUCGAGGUUGAGAUAUCACUAGAACUCGAAAACGAACCAUUCGACUUGAGAAAGAACGCCGGAUUCAGAUGCUGCGUCGAUCCCACCGUCUGUGUCUCUACUACCUUCCCGAGAUCUUCUCGUGCCUCGAUCGCGCCUACCGUAUGUUGCCUCAAAAUCGCGGACCCGGACGCAAUAGGCUGCGUCCGAGCUCCCAACUUUCCGCUUUCAUGAUCGACAAGCCAGUCGGCUGAACUUCUAUUUCUUUUCUCUCGGCUUUGCAUGUGAUGCUUUGUGUUGACUGGUUUUGUUUUUGGUGCCACUUCUUGCUCUUGUUCUUUUCUGUAAGCAAAUUGAUUCAUAGAAACGCAAAAUCGCUUUAGGUCUGGUGAAGUUCUUCUCUAAUACGCUUUUACUUGAUUUGAUUCGAUGAAAAGCUGAAUAUCAUGCAUGGCUCCUACACCUACUUCUCUGGAAACUUCGGAAUUAUUUCUUGAGAAUAUUUUUCCAAAGAAAAGGUUUACAAAAAGGAUCGAAAACUUCGGGCAAUAAUUAUAUUCACGAGGAAGUUGAUUCUACUAUUCCAAUAUAUUUUCCGAGAAGUCAGUACUUCUUCUAUACUAGAUGAAGACUCUGAAAGUCACAGUCAAUAAAGUUAAGCUGUUCUAACUAGGGAACUACUCGGACUCGGGUACGCGUUUCGAGUUGAAACUUUAGUGGUUUAUAGACCCACGUCAGAAUACUUGAAAACAAGAAAGAAUAUUUGCUGAACCCCAUAGGCUUCCGAGAAAAAUCUUUUUGAAAAUUAACAGUUUAGGCUUGAAAAAAAAAGAUUGUCGGAAUCUUCAUCUAUUUUUUAAAAAGAAAAAAAAACUAACCAUACCAACCUCCUGAUUUUCGUAUCUUGUUUAUUCUGAAGUUUCCCAUGUAUGAAAAGAAAAAUGUAUAAAUGUGUUGUCAAGAAACCUGUAUAUUGCUCAGAUUAACGCUAGCCUUUUCAAAUUCGUUCUAACCAUUUUCUGGAAUAAAAUUUUGAUUUUCUCUUUAGUUUUACAUGACACAUGUAAACGAAAAACGAAGAUUUUGAGAAGGCUAGCAACAUAAUUUUCCUCAUUGAGUUGGCUUUGGCGAGAGCUUGAAAAAAGGUGAAAAGGUUUCAGUUCCCUAUCCGGAUCCGCCGAAGGAAAUCGUCGUGAACGCCUUGGAGCACGACAAACUGUCGGUUUGCUGGCAGGAGCCCGAGAAACACGAGUCGAACAAAAUGUUCCCAAUCCUCGACUACGCCGUCUACUACAAGGAAAUCCCCAACUUCCCACUUCUCGGCGGCGAAAUGUCCGUUUCUCUUCUGAUUGUCUCUCCUACAAGCUAGAAAAACAUGAAAUGCACAGCAAUCCAUUUCUGAAAUUUAAAUUUUUUUAGAAUCGGAUAGUGAAACAAAAAAUCAGACAACAGGUUUUCGAAUAAUUUUUUUAAUUAUGGAAAUCAGAAACUUGAAAAAACUCGAACCAUUUCAUAUUUUUUAGCAUUUUGUAGAUUUUCUACGUCAUCAAGCAUGCUUUAUUUUAGAACUGUCGAAAAAAAUAAGGAAAAAAGGCCAUGUAAGAAGAUUCAUCCUAAUUAUGCUUUACUAUGCGGCUUCAGUUAUUGGAUCAAUUUUUCAGGGGAAUACCACUUCUUACUGGAGACUAUUCUGACAUCGGUGACACCCAAGAUGAAGAUUAUACUCAAGAAGACGAGUCUGAUCGUUCCGAUGGCGGUCACGAUCGCACUAAGAGAGAAGCUGAGGAAGAGUUUGAAGUGAGGAAAAUCUUUCUUUCUAAAAAUAAAGUUAUUUAUGGUUUUCCAGAAUGUCGUUCAUUUCAAAUGAGCCCCAUGUUUCAGAUAAAACAAAAAAAAAGAAAAUAACCUUAGAAUGUUUGAAUACUCCUCCUUUUCAGCGCCAUCUCAACGAUCAACUGUCGGACUCGGUCAGCGCCACCGUCAGCCGCAGCAAAAGGUCGACGAUGCUCAUCGUGACGCGAGAUGACGUCAGCAACUCGACUACAGUUCGCGAAUUCGCCUUCCAACAUGUUCGACGGCCGUUUCUCAUGCGAUUCUCAGCUUGUCGUUCAGAAGAACACGACUUCGAAGUGCAUGACGCUGUCGGACCUGCGGUCUGCGACUCGCUACAUCGUCUACGUGACCGCCAGAAACGAGUAUGGAACCAGCGUUCCCAGCGUCAGAUCCAUCGCUUCGACCAACGUCCACACCGUCCAGAACAACGACAGCAUCCCAGACGUCAUGAGUACGUCUUCGUUCAGAAGCUUUUUCGACUGAAAAUAAUUUUCCAAGUCAACUCGAUGCAGUUUUGAGUCGUAGGAAAAUUCUAUCACAGAGCUAAUUUGAGGAAGAGAAAAGAAAGAAGAAAAUUCCAGUAGGAGCGUUAAAAUGACUUCCCAUGUGAGAAAUAAAUUUUAAAGGCUGCGAAAAGUUGAGAAAAGCAUCUAGAGGAUGAAAUCAAAAGUAGAAAAAGAAAUGUGAAACUUCAGAAUGCUGCUCUUCCAACAACGUUUCGUCGUUCUGCGCCACGAAAAUGUGCAACGUGGCCGAAGACCCUUCGGCCUACGCCACGAUUUCGAUCGCCACGACCUGCAGAGCCGAGUGGACCAAGGUAAAGAGCAACUAGGAGACGUCUCUCCACGUCUUCAGGUCUCGCCGUGCAUCGCCGACGGCCGCAACCACACGGAGUGCUGUCGCCGGAAAGGCGUCCAGAACGACUGUCUCAACAUCUGCGCCGGUAGCACCCAGGAACUCGGCGUCCACUCGGUCCUCUGCUUGAACCUCGACCUCCAAGCCAUCUACCAAUGCGUGCGCGAGGGCUACGGUAAUGAAUGGGAAGAGUUUCUUAGAGAAAUCUCUUUUUGUUAGAAUCUCAUCCGUCUUCGCCGGUGAACGUGUCUAUCAGCGAUGUUACCACGAACAGCGUCGUCGUGAAGUGGUCGGAACCUCUGGCCAACGCCCAUUUGGUCGAGAACUACACGCUCUUCUUCCGCAAGAACGAACACGCCGCGCCUGUCAAGGAGGUUGUCUCAUCGAGAAAGUUCCUUCUGAACGAUGCUCUGUAGGUGUUUGGCGCGAAAUCGCCCCACACUGAGCUGGGCCUGGAGGCCGACACCGACUACGUGGUGACGGUGCAGUCGCACUCCGAGAAGGGCGUCUCCUUGCCUUCCACGGCCAUCCUCUUUUCCACCAAACAGGCCGCUGGCCAUCCCGUCUGCAAGUCCGGCGUCCCCAUCUCUCUUUCAGGUAUCAAUCAAUUGUUCAUAUUCAACCCGAUAGUGUGGUUUUGUAGCGUAAAAGAAAAUUUUUCAUUUUUUGGGGGCUUAUGUAAGUUUAGUUUUUUCAGUGAAAAAAUUCAUCAUAGUUCAGAACUAUAAAAAAUGAUUGAAGAAAAAUAAUGUCUCCAAUUGAAUGCUUUCUCUGUAAAAAGAAUCACGAGAAAAAUCAUGAAUUUUUAAUACACACUGUAUGUUAUGACAGAAAAGCAGAAAUUUUGAAGCCUACUUUUUUCAUGAAUGUUAACUUUGGCUGAAUUCCUUGAUUUUCCAGCCGACGGCGACUAUCUGAGCUGCAACGAGAAGGAACCUUGUCCCACGGGAUUCCAGUGCAUGGGACAGGGCACCAGUCUCACUUUCUGCUGUCCCAAUGGUUCGAACUCUAGGUUUCGGCUUCUAAAUGGAAUCCUGCAGAUCAACAUCACCCCGACGAGAACUUCCAGGAUUGCUGUAAGGAACAGAAAAUGCCAGGAAACUGCAUGGGCCACUGCUUCUACAACACCACUUCCAUUUCCGAGGAGUGCAAACGUUUGAAACAGCUUUCAAAAGUCAAGCUUAAUAUUAUUUCCAGCCAAUUUCAAUACCUGGAUUCAAUGCGCAUCUGAAGGAAGAGAUAAUCUACGGUAUGAAAGAAACUAUUCUCAUUCAUUUAUUUUUUGUUUACAGCUGCUGUAUGGAAGAGAACGUUUCGAAAAACUGCCUCAACGCCUGUAAACAUCCUUUCACGGUAGUUCUUUCAGAUUUACUAGAAUAAUGGUUUCUUUUUGUUAGGUCGAACAGAGUUGCCUGUCCGAGAUGAAGAAAUUGCACACCUGUUUCGCCUCAGCCCACAUCGUUUUGCCUGCGGCCGUCGAGACUCUUGAGGUUGGUACUUUUGGAAAAUAUGAACCAAAAAAAGUUGAGUGAGCAAGUAGAAAGGUUUACAAAAUCCUCUUAUCAAUCUGUCGAAGCAAUUUGAUACAUAUUUCACUGCCUUUUUUGAGGUUACUGCUAUCGGAUCGGACUCGGCGACGAUCAUGUGGGAAGAUUUCCGUGACGACAUCAUCGUUUACAGAAUCCAGGUAUGAAAUCGAAAUUAAUGUGAAGAGUUGCCUUGUUCAACGUUUCUUUUUAUUUACUGGAAGGUUAUACGAAUUUUUAUAUUAAAGGCUGAAAAUAGUUUGUGAGCACAAUUUGCUGGAAUUCAGAACUACUGGUUGUAAUUUACAGAAACCUAAACGUUAUUUUUUUAAUAAAUGAAGCAAUUGAGCAUAUAAUGGUGAGAAAAUUUACCUAUUUUUACAAAUAUUUUAAACUUUAAGGAGUCUCAAAGUUAAUGCGAUACGUUGCGAAAAGUAUUUGCUCGAUUUGCAGCUUUUCGAAGGCGAUAAUUUGAAAGCGACUGAAAACAGCACUGCUGACGUGUACCGUUUCUCCGGUCUCAAUGCCGAAACGGAUUAUAAGGUAUCGAAAAAAAGAAUUUCUCAAACAUAGGAAGCUCAAUUUAGGCUCGUGUGAUUGCAAUCAACCACGAAGGCGAAGGUCCGCCAUCUUUCAACGUGACUUUCACGACGAAACCUACUACAGGUUCACCCGAAAGAGUUUUCCGAUGAGUUUGCGGUUUCAGUUUACGAAGGAGACCGUCCGAUGGCGCCUCUGGGCCUGAAGGUCGUCUGGAACACGGGGCCGGCCGUCAACGUCACCUGGAACAAGGUCUUCAUAAUUAUAUGAUAUCAACAUCAUUCUCAAUACGAAAGUAUUGAGAUUAUUACAUUAAUAUAGGGAUUAGUAGUAGUUUCACGAAAGUAUAGUGAAAUUACGCUGUUAAAAAUCCUCAUCCAACUGAGCCAGGAAGUUCACUGAGAAGAAGCGUCUUCUAUACCUUCCAUGAACCGCUGUUUACAGGUUACGAAACGACGCAACCAGGACAACGUUCAAAGCAACGUCGAGUACACAGUUUUCUAUUUGGACACCGAAAAAAGCUCUAUAUGGACCACGGUACCAAAAUUUCUUUGAAACUAAGAAGUUUCGGGCUUUAGGUCCUCACAAACAAAACUUGGAUGGUUAUCGAGAAUUUGAGAGAAGACGGUCUUUACUACGUUUACGUGACGGCGAAGGAAGAAGAUCGUACCAGCCGAAGCUCUUCUAUUCUCACGCUAUUGGCCCAACAAGGUUAAUAGAAAAAUAUUUCUUGAGUUUGUAUGGCCGCGAAAAGUUUCGCCGGCUUUUAUGAGAUGAUUAGCUCAAGAUACUUUUUUUUUCUUCUUGAAUUUCUCCAUUCACAGCUAGGUCCUAGAAAAAUGUAAUCAUUAAUGUUGAGAAUCAAAAAAGUAAUUAAUUGCAACAAUUCGUUUCAAGAUCGUUUUUCUUGUAACGCUUUCUGUGAAAGUUCAAAAAUUAAUGAUCAUUGUUCCUUACUGGCUUCAGACUCGAUCGGACUACCUGAACCUGUGAUCACUGUCACUCCGGAUCAUCGCGACGGCGUCUAUUCGCCAGGGGAAAAUCUCGUCAUCAAGUGCACAGUAGCGAAGCCGUCGAACUCGGAACGUCAUCUGAGCAUCGAUUUGUCUCUUGGCCCGCGCGUGGUGAGUCAGAAGCCGUGAAACCUGAAUUUCGAGUCGUCGUCAGGUCCAAAACGACCAUGGGGUCAACACCGUAACGAUGAACGCGGAAGUCGACGCGACGAUCGACACGGCGACGUGCUCCGUUUCGGACACGGACGGUCGUCAACACGUCACGAUGUUCCAUCUCAUUCUCAGUAGUUCGUUUUUCUCCCUUGAAUUUUUGUUCUGGUCUGUAGUUGUGCAAUGGAAAGACUUUUUAAAAAAAGUUUGAAAAAGUAAAUAUUUUGAAAAAUAUAGCACUAGGGAGGUCAUCUUAGCGCGAAGCUUGAAAGUUUUUCCUAAAAUUACUCAAAAAAACUUUCGAAAUCCUAGUUCAUGGUACCGGAUACCGAAGUUUUCGCGUUAAAAAAAGAGUAAUCAGAAAAAAACCCCGGAAACCAAAAAUUUUUUUAAAAAAAUCCAAGUGAAAAAUUCUUGCAAACAAACGUUUGCGUAAGUAUCGAAUUUUAGAAAUAUUCAUCCGUAUCUUUAGAAAGUUUCAGGGUAAAUUUUUAGUCAAUUCCAAACUUAACUGACUUCCCUUAUUAACGGUAUGAAACUUUGAGAAAUUUUUCAGUAUUCUAAGGACAUUCCCUGCUUUUUGGAAAGAAAAUGUUAAUCCUUUUUUCGUAUAAGAGGUUCAAAAUUUCAGACAGACCGAGUGUGCGAAUGACUAAAGAUAAAUUCCGCGUUUUGGACGACGAGACAGUCCAAAUAGAGUGUGUUUACCGCGGAGGCAACAGUCAGCCAGUGUUCAAGUUCGAGAAAGAUGACAAACCGGUGAGUCUUUUUUUCAUUGAAGGAUCUUUUUUUUAUUUUAAGGCUCCCAAAGGCUUCUUGAUUCUGAAAAAGUCAGACAUCGGAUACGUCGCCAGAUGGAACAUGAGAAAGGUGAACUCCGAGGACGCCGGUAUCUACAAAUGCACAGUCGAGGAGAAAGGCGUCGUCGUCGGUUCGGCUACCUCUGAGGUUCCCUUUAUCGCUCAGUUCUUUCUCAUAACCGUUCCCUUUUCCAGCUUAUUAUCUCGGCGCAAGUCCUGCCAGUGAACCCUCGUCUCAUCUUGAGCUGUUGCGAAGACGAAGGCAUCGCUGGAGACUGUCUUCAGGCGUGUUCCAUCGGGAAGGUACUGAUCAAGGCUCAUCCCAAGAGAAAGAUUCUGUUCGAGGUUCCAAAAUCGGUCGGCAACUGCACGCAGUACGCGGCGUCCCUUCUCAAGUGUUCUUCCGACAUCCGAGAUCAUUCCGACUGUUGUAUUGCGAACAACGUUCAAACCAAAUGCCUGCCUCUGUGUUCUGGUGAGGCUGAAAAAAACUCACGAUCCCAAGGGAAGCUUCAGGAGAUUCCUUCGCGCCUGACGUCGAUUGCUCCACGUCGGCCGUGGCGAUCAUGGGUUGUUUUGUGAGAGGACACGAGAAGGCGCCGGUCGCCGUCAGCGACAUCCGUUUCAAGAGCGACGGCAAAGGAGUCUUGAAGGUUCAAUGGGACUAUCCCAAGACGACAAACUACAAAUACUUUGCCGUCUACUACCGGAAGAAGGACGACGAGAACUGGCAGGUUUUGUGAACAUGUCUGGCCAAGAGUGACGAUCAAUAGUGCAGAUGGAGAAGUCGCUGCAGCAGUCGUUGGAGCUGGAAGUUGACUCGGGCAGCGACUACGAGAUCGGCGUCCUGGCGGCGAACGCUCUUGGCCACAGUCCGCUGGUUUUCGUCGACGCGCCAGCAACUGGCGAAAAGUCUGUUGACCGGAGGACUUCGAGCGAUUCCUCGUCCGCUUUCUGGAUCCUGGUCAUCCUCGCCUUCUGCGGCAUCUUUGUGGCAGGUGGGAAAAGAGGAAAUGAAGAAGAAGGAUUGACUUCCCAUGAAUUAUGGAGGAAGUUUAUCGGUUUGUUCAGUUCUUUUCGUAUUGGCACGUCGCCGAGCUCUUCCCGCUCCUUUUGGAAAGAUCGUUGGCCGCCGACACGACAGCGCCCAUCAUCCUUCUGUCGCUUUUGAAAAUCCGGCCUAUGGUUGGUUUUAUAUAUAUUUUUCUUGUCCGUAGUUUCCGUAUACAAAAAGUGAAGUAAUAGUUGUAAAAAAACACUUUUCAGGUUAUUAUUCUCCCCAAAAAUAGUUAUAAGUCAAAUAACUUAUAAUUUUUUUAUGUGAAGUAAUACUUGAAAUAGAUUUUUUUGAAAAAUAAGCCCCUCAUGUUAUAUAUUUUUGAAAUGUAACUCGCUAAAUGGAAGAAAAAAGAGGAGUUCAAAAUUUUGACAUAGUGGCUCGAGUUGAAAAAGGUUCACUUUAGGAAAAAAAAAGCUUCAUAUUUUCCUUUAAAAAAAGAGCUUCGGCGUCCUAUGGUAGAUGAACGAUGAAGCAUGUCUUUUUAUUUACAGAUAAAGUUGAAUAUUUCAUUUUUCUAUAAAAGUUUAAUGGUAUGAUCAUUUUUUUCAACUGUUUUAAACUAUUCGUUGUUCUUGUGCUGCAUGCAAAUGACAAAACGUGUUGCUGUGAACUUGCAGUUGAUACAGGCAACGAGGUGGAAAUCAGAGGACUCGGCAGCGGUCACCUCGACGGCGCCGGCGGGACUUCCGCGGGCGCAGAAUGGCAGUCGGCCGAUCUGCAGGCCGGCGCUCGGGACGACGGCCACGAGUACCGUAACGGCAUGCGUUACGCCAAACUCAACACAUGA